AUGGCUCUUGCCGGAGGUUCAGGUUCCUCAGAUGGCCUGCAACGUCUCCCAGCUGGAGCUACAGCUCUUUCCGCCCUGCCGCAGCUGAUUAAGAGUCGGCAGCUACACGACAUCCUGGACCAACCUGCGCAGCGUCGGGGCCGCCAACUCGCCGAGCUAAUGUCCGUGAUUUCGCGUGAACCCGGACGCCUUCGACUGCAGCGCAGCGCCUACACCAAGCUUCUUCGAGCCCUGGGCACCGGCAAAAGAAAGAUGUGGCGCGAGGCCAUCUUCUUGCUCUGGAAAUGUCGCGAUUUCCUGGUGAAUGAAGAUGCGGUGAUGUACAACACAGUUCUCCAAACUUGCGCGGAAGGCGCACAGUGGCAAAGGAGCCUCCUGAUCCUGAACGAGAUGCUCGUUUACGGUCCCUUCCCGGACGUGGUGAGCUUCAACUCGGCACUUGGCGCGUUGGCGCGGGCGAGCAUCUGGACUCGUGCCCUACACCUGCUGGGAGCGCUGCCGGUUGUGGGGCUCACGCCCAGUGCCAGGACGAUGAGCACCGCGGCCAAGGCAUGCACCGGCGCCAACGAGGUCUCCAAGGCUUGCGAGUUGGUCCAUGACAUGACGAGGCAAAGCGUUCCGGCAAACAACGUGGUUCGGACCGUGCUGGUCCAAGCACUUUCAGUGCAAAGCGAUUGGCAGCAAUGCCUUGAGCAAGUGCGCCUGCUGCGUUCAGGUGCAGAGGGCUUCAUCCCCGCGGAGGAGCCUGAUGCGAGGCUCCUCACCACGGCAGCCGUAGCCUGCGGGCGCUGUCACGAGUGGCAGCAGGCGCUGGGCCUUCUUGCGGAGGCAGAUUGGCACGCGAUGCGGGACAUUGGAUUUCGAAGUGCUGUGGAGCGUGCCUGCAUUGAGGCUGGUCAGCAUGGCAUUGCCGAGGCAGUGCGACGGAGUCGGCCUGAGGCAGCGAAGGCCUGGCGAGGUGCACCAGAGAUUAUCACCCGGCGGGCUCGCUUGGCGAAGGCAGCUGCGAACGUGGCGGAGGCAGCCCACACCGGUAAUUGGCCGGAGGCGGUGAGGGCGGUGGAGGAUGUUUGGCAAAAUGGUAGAGCUCCCAACGGUGCCCUCCUGCGAGAGGCGAUCGAGGUCUGCGGUGAGCAGGCGUGGGAAUGGGCGCUGGAACUGUUAGAGCGUGCCCGGGAGAGGGGCCCGCCAGUGACGCCAGCUUUGGUGGACACAGUCAUCGGAUGUUUACGCCAUGCCUGGCGGUCAGCCCUGGAUGUCCUAGAGGACAUGGCGCGCCGUCAGCUGCAGAGAACAUUGUUCUCCUACACCCGAUGCCUCAGCGCGUGCGCUGAAGGCGUGGCCCGGCUGGAGGCGGCUGGGGCCACAGAUGCGCGUCCUUGGCGCUUUGGAGUUGCUCUCCUGGCGGAGGCCCAGGACGCCGGCAUUCAGGAGGAUGUCAUGAUGGACAACACUCUGAUGCGCUGCUUCUCGAAGAGGUGGCAGCAAGGUGUGCAUCUACUCCAUGGGAUGGAGAUGCUGCGUCUGGAGCCCAGCGUCGCCACGCGCGCCGCGGCGGCGCGGCUGCUUGGGCAAGGAGCACCAGAGCAGGUCCCGGCCCUGCUCCGACAGUUGGCGAUGGAAGCUCCUGAGACGGAGCUCGCAGCAGUCUACAACGCGGCACUCUCGGGGCUGCAGGCCGCCCGGAGGUGGCAGCAGGCACUCUGCAUUGUGGAGAUGUACCUGGCAGAGGCAGCCGCUGGAAAAUGGAGGCCCGACCCGACCUGCGCGACCAAUGCAAUGACGGCCUGCGCAGUGGCCUCCGCGUGGCCAGCGGCCUUAGCCCUCUUCUCUGACUUAGAGAGGAUGCAGAUCGAGAAGGACGUCGUUGUGGUCAGUUGUGCACUGCGCGCCCUUCAGAAUGGCCAGAAAUGGGAGGAGGCCGUGGAGCUCUUGCGCAGCGUUUCUGGGCAAGGGCUGGAGCUGACUCUCAAGACGCGCCACGCCCUGCUGGCCUGCUGCGCGGAGGCUGGUCGAUGGGAGAUGAGCUUGGCAACACUGGAGGAGCUGGGGUCCCUGGGCGAUGACGCCAUCCCCGAAUCCUUCAACAUUGUCCUGGGCGCACUCCAGCGAACAGGCUCCAAAUGGCCUCGCUGCCUCCACCUCUUCGAGGAGAUUCCGGCACGCACCUCCCGGCCACCGAACUUCAUCUCAUACAGAGUGAUGUUGGAGGACUGCUCAGCUGUACGCCUUUGGGAAGGCCUGGAGCAACCGAACCUGGAGGUCAUGGACACGACUGUGAUGGACUGUGGUGGCAACUGGGGCAGGCCAACGACUCCUGCACAGGUGCAUGGCACGCCGGGCAACCUCUCACUCACUGGGUCAGAGCUUCUGCUUUUCCGUCAUAUUGUUGUUGAGUUCUCGCCCCAAGCCAAGUCCCCCGCCCAGGCUGCUCUGCUGCGGGCAUCGCUCGAGGCGGCGGUACAGCAGGGUGCUCCACCGCGUUGCCUCGAGGCCACUGGGCCAAACUUCUUCCUGCUUUUCCCGCUCGCCGACGCUCAGUUCGGCCAGCCCAACUACGCUGCGCUUGAGUCGGUGCUGUUCCACCACCCAGCAGCAUCAGUGCUCAUCAUCGGCCUGGAGCAGGGCGCUCCCUUGUUCCAGGCAUACCAGCGAGAAGGCUACUGCGUGGCAACGCUGCAGACGGAUUUGCCUGCGCUGGGCAAGGAGCUAGUCGCAGCUGUGGGAGGGGAGCACGCCUCUUCCGUGGACACCUUCUUAGCAAGCCAUGGCCAGCCAAAAACCGAAGCAGCGCUGAUUCGCCUCUUUAACGCCGUGCUCCUUGCACUGCAGGUUGUGGACGGAGGCACAAGCUUACCCAUGGAUGGCAUUCUGCUGAACCCAUGGGACUUUGCUUUGCCUCUGAACCUCUCUCUGCCGUCCACCGGGGUCUUUCUCGAGAAGUUGGAAGCCACAGAUACUGCUCUCCCGUGGGCCCUUCAAGCAGAAGAUUUCGAGCGCUCCUGGUUGCCCAGGUCCUAUUUCGAUCGCUCUGACGGGGGUACCUCCGUGUGCCUCGACGCGCUGUGCCCACGAACGCUGCCGCGAGGCAGCAGCUUUGCGCGUCGACUGCUGGUGAUGCUGCUGACAGGCAGACUGGAGCAGGAGGGCCUUGACAUCAGCCAGUAUGCCACAAUGCUCUACCGCACGUACGUUGGGCAGCGCCCGUCGCAGGCUCCUUUUCAGGUCGGCGAUGUGGACUUCGACCACGAGAUGGUUCUUCUUCCAUAUUGGUUGCACGUGCAGCCACAUUUUGCCGAUGGCUGGAAGGAUUACGGAGGCACUGACAGCGACCUGACACAAUACUCGGACCUGUACCAGCCCAGGCACAUGCGUGCCAUGGCCGACUGGUCUCUCAUCUCCACUGCCAGGCUCUGGCUGCCCUUGAGCUACGGCCCUGCUUCCGCGCGACAGGCGCUUCCGGGCAGCGUCGUGGACUUGGCCUUGAGGCACUUCACAUUGGACCUGGCUCCCCGUCCGUUCAAGAAGAAGACGUUCCAAAAUGGGAGGAAGCGACAAAAGCCACGGGUGAAACGCUUGCGAUCGCCAGCGGAUGCCACUGCCGAGAACACUGCCUUCAUUGACGAGGUCUACACAGCAAGAGGGCAGCCCGUGUACCGUGAGGGAGCCUUGCCUGGCCCUGUGGGGGGCUUUCGCACUUUCCGCGAGGUGCGACUCGUCGGCUUUGAGAACCAGGGUUUGUCUUGGCGGGUCACCGUCCAUGCCUCCACGAACCUGCGCUUCUUCUGCCGAGCGGAGCAUCGACGACAAGGCUUGGGAGGCCCCUCCUCGUCUCAGAGCCGAUCUUGCCAGGCGGGUCUACGCCAAGCUGCCAGUCAAGGCGGAGAGGAAUCCGUGGUCUUCGAGACGUGUGGGAGCCCUGCGGAGGUGAACGCCGCGGUCUCUCUGCUUGCGUACCAUCCGAUGCCGAGCACGACCUCAGUUGUGGUGGCCGAGCCCCGCCGCGAUGCGCGGCUGACCGCCGAAGAGCUGGAGGCACACUUUGGCCUCCUGCGCAUCUCAGCCAGCACCGCAGGUGCAGGCUGUUCUUCAGAGACAGGCCCCGUCGCAUCUCAGGUGCAGCUGUCGGCGCUAUUGGACGAUGUGCAGGAGCACAUCACAGUCGUGGCGCACUGCGCGGAGCGAUGCCACCUUCUAGACAGGCUUGCGCUCUCUUUCAGAGAGUUCUACGACCACCUGCCCAUCAUCGCGACAUGCGAGUGCGCCGAGGAUGAGGGUUGCACGGCACCCGUACCUCGAGCUCAUCCAUCGGUCGCGCACAUGACCGUCCUGUCGGUGCCAUACGACUUCGGCCUCUCACGCGGGAAGACAUUGCUCAUCGAGAUGACACAGACGGAGUUUGUGUUGGUGCUGGACGACGACUUCACCCACUCAAUCCAUUCAUGCCUGGAGUGCAUGCUGUGGAAGAUGCGGAGCCGCCACUACUCGCUGUGGAAGCCCUUCGACAUCUUGGGCUUUCCGGUCCAAGAGGAUGAGCGCGGAUUUGGAGCCUUCCGCGGCAGGUUGCGCGUGACCAAUCAGCAGCUGUUCCUGGAGCCCAUGGUGGAGGAGUUGCUACCGGACGGCUGCAUUCGCGUGGAAAUCUGCCCCAUGGUGUUUCUGGGACGGACUGCGCGCAUGAAGACGUUCCAAUUCCAAAAGGACUUGCGGGUCGGGGAGCAUGAGCAGUUCUUCUACUCCAACGCAUACCAGGGCGUCCAGGUCGCCGUAUGCUUCGACUCGUCAUUUCCGCACUUCCGUGUCAACACCAUGAGCGCAGGCUACGUGAAAAGACGAGAGAGGAUGCCGCAGCUGAUGGCGAACGCGUUUGAGAAGUUGGGCUUCGAGCGCGCACGGGCCAUGUUCCUGUUCCGCAAGUACGACCACGGCCGAAUGGAAGACUACGACGAGCUUCUGGACAAGACGGUGCCGCCUUGGCAUGUGGGACACGACACCUGCGGGCCCCCAACCGCACCACCGGUCCCCUUCGCACAGCUGCUGGCAGUGGUGCUGACCACCGCAGACGCCGUGGGCCAGGCAUUCCGCAGCGUCCUUCGAAGUCGGUCCUGGCUUCAAAGAUUCGGGGAGCUCGCUGGCGCGGCGUCUCUGCGUUGGGUCUUUGCUGUCCAUCCUCAAGCCGAUGAGGCUGGUCUCCACAACGCUCUACAACAAGAGCAAGACGCGCAUCAGGACAUCCUCGUUCUGCCCGCGGCCACAAGGCUGUCGCCGGCCGCCACCGGGCAAGAAGCCACCACGGAUCAGCUGUUGCAGGCCUUCGGCCUGCUUCGAGAUUUUCACUUUCGCUGGCUUCUGGUGACGAGGCAUGACGUCUUCGUCCGCCCAGAGGGGUUUCUUGACGAGCUCCAGCGGUUGGAGCCGGCAGGAAGGAAGGUGUUGGGAUCUUGGCAGCCUCAGCAGCGCAGCUGGAGGCUUGACCCCCACUUCUUCAUCUUGCCUCGGGAUGUCUUUGCGCUCAUUUCGGCUCCCGAAGUAAUCUCGCGACUUGCAGCCCACGGACCUCACAGCGUGUUCGGUGAUCUGUCGGGGCUUGCAGCAGGCGUCAGCGCAUGGAUGCAUGCCUUCGAUGUCGAGCGGCGGCAGCUGCAGGGCGCUCAUGCUCGGAAAGAUCCCGCGCUGGUCUGUCAGGUCGACACGGUCACCUUGCACCCAGUGAGUCCAGAAGAGCUGCAAGCCCUCAGCCACUCUCCGUCAUCGUUCCAGUGCUGA